AUGAUGCAGUUGUCUUCCAUGGGGCCAACACACGAUGAGAUUGACUUUGAGUUCCUGGGAAACCUAAGCGGAGACCCUUACAUCCUCCACACCAAUGUCUUCACUGAAGGCAAGGGUAACAGAGAGCAGCAGUUCUAUCUCUGGUUCGACCCCACCACUAACUUCCGCACCUACUCCAUCGUCUGGAAUCCCCGCCACAUCAUUUUCAUGGUGGAUGAGACGCCGAUAAGAGUAUUCAGGAAUGCGGAGUCAAUGGGAGUUCCUUUCCCCAAAAACCAGCCCAUGAGGAUCUACUCUAGCCUGUGGAACGCCGACGACUGGGCCACCAGAGGUGGUUUGGUCAAGACUGACUGGACCAAAGCUCCUUUUACUGCUUACUACCGCAACUUCAAAGCCCAGAGCAUUUCUCAUUCCCCCACGUCAGAUGAGUGGCAGAGCCAGGAACUUGAUGCCAACAGCCAAAGACGGCUCAGAUGGGUUCAGAAAAAUUACAUGAUUUACAACUACUGCACAGAUAGGAAGCGAUUCCCUCAGGGCCUUCCUACUGAGUGCAGGCUGUAA